AUGAAGAAUAAUAUUAAUAAUCCGUCGUCAUCCGCCCCGAUUUUGUCCACAAUUAAUCUUUCUCUGGAGGAUGUUCGUCGAUCAGUGUCAUAUCAUCCGACCAUUUGGGGAGAUCAUUUUCUUGCAUACGACGCAAAUGUUAUGGAAACCUCAAUUGGAGAAGAGCAAGAACAUGGACGAAAGAAAGAACUCGUGAAGGCGAUGCUUGAUCACACACACGAUGACUCGUUGCAUAAGUUAGAACUCAUAGAUUCAACCCAACGGCUUGGAGUGUGUUAUCAUUUCGAAAAGGAAAUCGACACAUCGUUACGAAAUAUCCACGACACUUUCCUGAAGUGUGACGACCAAGAUAACGAUCUUCGAACUGUUGCUCUUCGUUUCCGCUUACUCAGACAACAUGGCUACUAUAUUCCCUGCGAUGUUUUCGACAAAUUUAUAGACCAUGAUGGAAAUUUUAAGGAGGAGUUGAUGAAUGAUGUGGAAGGGAUGUUAAGCUUGUAUGAGGCAGCACAUUUUGGAGUACAAGGAGAGGACAUUAUGGACAAAGCAUUACGAAUUUCUUGUUCUAUCCUCAAGUGUUUGCCUCGUGACACGAACAAAUCUCUGUCUGCACAAGUCAAUGACGCGCUUAAUAGCCCAAUAAGCAAGAGUGUGACAAGGUUGGCAGCCAGAAAAUAUAUUUCUAUGUACCAAGAAGACGAUUCGUAUGACGAUUUACUAUUGAAUUUCGCCAAAUUGGACUAUAACAUAGUUCAAAAGAUGCAUCGUAAAGAGCUGCGCAACAUUAUGAGGUGGUGGAAGGAUUUAGACUUUGCGAAUAAAUUGCCGUUUGCAAGAGACAGAUUGGUGGAAUGCUACUUUUGGAUAGUGUCGGUAUAUUUCGAGCCCUCAUUAGACAUUGCUAGAAGAAUAUUAACCAAAGUCAUAGCCUUGGCUUCCACCAUUGACGACAUUUACGAUGUUCAUGGAACGCUUGACGAGCUCCUAGUUUUCACUAGCGCCAUUCAAAGUUGGGAUGCUCAAGCCAUGGAUCAAUUGCCGACAUAUAUGAGAACUUGCUACAAAGCGCUUUUAGAUGUUUAUGCUGAAAUGGAAGAAGAAACGAAAAAGGCAGGCACAUCGUAUAGAGUACAAUACGCGAAGGAAGAUAUGAAAAAAUUAGUGAGGUCAUAUAUGGAAGAGGCGAAAUGGUUUUAUAACAAAUAUACUCCGACAAUGGAGGAGUACAUGAAGGUGGCACUAAUAUCUAGCGGUUAUAUGAUGUUGUCGACAACUUCAUUGGUUGGUAUUGGAGAUUUAGUUACUCGGGAGGACAUUGAUUGGGUUUCAAACGAGCCAGUAAUCGUACAAGCAUCGUCUACAAUUGCUAGGCUAAUGGACGACAUAGUAGGAUAUGGGUUCGAAACAAAAUUGUCGGCAGUGCAUUGUUACAUGAAGCAAAACAGAGUUAUGGAGAUUGAUGAUGUGGUUAACGAACUUGAAAAACAAGUCAAGAAAGCAUGGAAAGAUAUAAAUCUCGAAUGCCUUGGGCCAAAGAAGGUCUCUUGGAGAGUCCUAAAGAACGUGCGCAACCUUGCGCGGCUGAUAAAUCUUGUGUAUGCAGAUGAAGAUGGAUAUACCAAUCCCAAAGCUAAGGUGAAAGACUACAUUACGUGCGUACUGGUAGAGCCCGUGACAAUGUAA